AUGCCUCCGAAAAAUAUUGCACGUUUUGAAAUAUUGGAGCAACGAGAAGCCAGACUAAAGUAUAAAAGAGAGAAAGCUGCAGCAUUUAAAGAAAAUGAGACCCCAGAAUCCAAAAAAGCUAGACUAGAUGCAGAUAGAGAUAAAGCUGCUGCAGCACGAAGAAAUGAAAAACCUGAAGUCAGAGAGGCUCGGUUAAAAGUUGCGAGAGAUAAAGCUGCUGCAGCACGAAUAAAUGAAAAACCUGAAGUCAGAGAGGCUCGGUUAAAAGCUAUGAGAGAUAAAGCUUCAACUUCGAGAUCAAACGAAACCAUUGAAGUUAGAGAAGCAAGACUUGCAACUGAUUUAUUAAGGCAUCGUGUUGCUGCACUACAUGAAAUUACAGAGAAUGUUGAGUCUAGGCUUGCUGCCAAGAGAACAAUGAGGAAUCAAGAUAGAAGCGCAGAAAACGAUUCUCAGAAGCAAGCUCGAUUAACGGCAGAUAAUUUCCGGACGACCAUUAAAAUAAAUAAUGAGAAUACUGAGGAGAGAGAAGCCCGACUUGAUGCUAAAAGUACCAGAAAUAGGCUGAAUGAAAGAGAAGAUUAUCAAACGCAGUUUAAAAUGAUGGCCCUAAACUACGAAGCAAACAAUAGCUACGACAAUAACCCACACAUAAUGAUUGGAGAAAUGGCAAUUGUUUGUCCUCACUGCAAAGCUGUCAAGUGGAAAGGAGAGCCACCGGGUAUGUGCUGUUCUAAUGGGAAAAUCAAACUGAUUCAGCAAGAAUCUCCCCCAGAGCCACUCAAGUCUUUAAUGUCCGGCGAUACCUCUCACUCUCGGCAUUUUUUAUUAAAUAUUAGAAAAUAUAACAGUUGCUUCCAGAUGACUUCAUUUGGAGCAACUAAGGAAAUAAGAGAAAAAGGGUUCAUGCCAACUUUUAAAGUUCAAGGGCAGGUGCACCAAUUUAUCGGGUCACUUCUUCCAGCAAAAGAAGAGGAAUCAAAGUUUCUUCAAAUUUACUUUAUGGGAGACGAAGAAAAACAAGUGAACCAAAGAUGUGCAGCUGUCCAAAAAGUCAGAAAACCUAUUAUUGAGAGCCUUCAAGUGUUUCUACACCAGAAUAAUCAAUAUAUCCGUCUAUUUAAAAACGCACUUGAAAAAAUGCCAACGGAUGAGUAUAAAAUAAUCAUUAAGGCAGAUAAAGUGCCACAGGGUCAGCACCCAGGGAGAUUUAAUGCACCAACAAUGAAUGAAGUCGGCAUCGUGAUGGUUGGGAACGAUUUCGAAAGAAGAGAUAUAGUUCUUCAUAAAAGAAACGACACGCUCCAGCGAGUCGUUGAAACACAUAGGUCGUACGAUGCCCUUCAGUACCCCUUAAUCUUCUGGCAAGGAGAAGAUGGCUAUUUCUGUGGCAUCCCGCAAGUGGAUCCUCUAACGAGCAGUGCUCUGGCUCACAAGAAAGUUUCAGCUAUGGCAUUUUAUGCCUACCGCAUAAUGUUGCGAGAGAAUGAGGAAAACCACAUUUUGAAAUGCAGACAACUAUUUCACCAAUUUAUUGUUGACAUGUACGCUAAAAUAGAAAGCGAGCGCUUGAUGUAUAUUCGUUACAACCAAGCGAAACUUCGAAGUGAAGAAUACAUUCAUCUAAAAGAUGACAUUAACUCCAUGGAUUUUGACCCGAAUCAAAUAGGAAAAAUGGUGAUACUUCCGUCAUCUGUGACCGGUAGUCCACGCCACAUGCAUGAAUAUUCUCAAGAUGCCAUGGCGUAUGUCAGAAGGUAUGGAAGACCAGAUUUAUUUAUCACAUUCACGUGUAACAAAAGUUGGUCGGAAAUACGGAAUAAUUUAAUGCCUGGACAGAACGCCACUGAUCGACAUGACCUGAUUGCUCGGGUUUUUAGGCAGAAGCUGGUAAAAAUGAUCAACCUAAUAACCAAGUCAGGCAUAUUCGGAGAAACUCAGUGUACACAGUUGAAUGGCAAAAGAGAGGUCUUCCCCACGCACAUAUUUUGGUCUGGUUGCAAGAGAAAAUUAGACCGAAUGACAUUGACAGAGUCAUACGUGCGGAACUACCAAAUCCAGUAG